CAAAAUAACAAUCAAAAAUGGUUCCCAAUAACCCUUACGCCCAUGUCAAUGAAGACCUAUCAGCGGUUGCCAACGAGGCCCGCCGCAAGACACGCCGACGGUGCCUUUUGUCCGUGGUGAUCAUUGCCGCUUUUGUCGCCGUAAUCAUCCUUCUCUUCUCUUUAACUACCGGCAGGUUUCGUACCCCUAAGUUUCGUGUCCGGUCCGCCACUUUCGGAACUUUCGAAGUUGCCAAUUCGACAACAAACCCUUCCUUUGACAUCGUCAUGAACACAGAAUUCGGUAUUAGAAACAAAAACUUCCGUCGAUUCCGCUACCGGAGCACCACCGUGGAUUUCUACUAUCGGGACCGGAAGAUCGGUGAGGGAUUUGUUUGGAAUGAAAAAGUGAACUCGAGAGAUACUAGGAAGUUUACGGUUCCGGUGAUGUUGUCGUCGACGAACGUCACGUCAUCAUCGGAGUUACGAAAUGAUCUGAACAGUGGGGUUCUGCCGUUGAGAAGCCGAUCGAGAUUGACCGGAAAGUUUAAAAUAUUGGUGGUGUUCCGGAAAUAUAAGCAUGUUAAUAUGGAUUGUAGCAUGGACCUUGUUAUUGCGAGCAGGGAGCUCAGAAUUAUUUCUUGUCGCUGAUAUUUCUCGUUAGUAACCUAACCAUACAACUCGUAUAUUUUUAUUUUUUUUAUUUUUUUAUUUUUUUUGAUCUUGUUUAUGCUUUCAUUUUGUGUAUAUAUUCUUUGUAUCGAGAGAGCUAGAAUUGUUUUUUUUUAAAUAAAUAUACGUAUAUUCUAUAAUUUGUUAAUUUCUUGUGAUUAA